CCCUAUUUAUAGCCUCUCUCUCUGUCUCGAAAAUCUGUGCAGUGCUCGAACCUCGGAACCCUCUCCACCUCCAUUCAAGAGGUAACCGGACCACCCUGCCGCCGCCGCCGCAAAUGGCCGCCGCCGCUCCCCACUCUCUCCUCCUCCAGAAGCCCAACCCCGGCACGGCCGCCUUCACCAACCCAUUACCUCUCACCCCCACUGCCCACCUCGCCACCAAGCCCCUGAGGCCCCUCUCCAUAAAAUGCGCCGCCACGACCCACCAGAUCCAAGAUCCGCCCCACGCCGCCCAGCCCCGCCCCCAGGACCGCGUCUUCAACUUCGCCGCCGGCCCCGCCACCCUACCGGAGAACGUCCUCCUCCGUGCCCAGUCCGAGCUCUAUAACUGGCGGGGCUGCGGCAUGAGCGUCAUGGAGAUGAGCCACAGGGGGAAGGAGUUCUCCUCCAUCAUCCAGAAGGCCGAGUCCGAUCUCCGGGCCCUCCUCGAGAUCCCGGCUGACUACGCCGUCCUCUUCCUCCAGGGCGGCGCCACCUCCCAAUUCGCCGCCGUGCCCCUGAACCUGUGCUCGCCCGACGACCCCGUCGAUUACAUUGUCACCGGGUCGUGGGGCGAUAAGGCCUUUAAGGAGGCUCAGAAAUACUGUAAACCCAAUCUGAUCUGGUCAGGGAAGUCCGAAAAGUACACGAAGAUCCCUUCGUUCGGCGAUUUGCAGCAGAACCCCGAAGCUAAGUACCUCCACAUCUGCGCGAACGAGACUAUUCAUGGAGUCGAGUUCAAGGACUACCCUGUCCCGAAGAACAAGGGCGGGAUCUUGGUUGCGGACAUGUCCUCCAACUUCUGCUCCAAGCCCGUGGAUGUGUCGAAGUUCGGUAUAAUCUAUGCCGGGGCGCAGAAGAAUGUUGGGCCCUCAGGGGUGACCAUUGUGAUCGUGAGGAAGGAUCUGCUCGGGAACGCCCAGGGGAUCACCCCAGUGAUGUUCGAUUACAAGAUCCACGCCGACAACAACUCCCUAUACAACACCCCGCCGUGCUAUGGAAUCUACAUGUGUGGGCUAGUGUUCGAGGACCUGUUGGAGCAGGGCGGGCUGAGGGAGGUCGAGCAGAAGAACCAGCGCAAGGCUGAGAUCCUCUACCGGGCGAUCGACGAGAGCAAGGGGUUCUACAGAUGCCCGGUGGAGAAGUCCGUGAGGUCGCUCAUGAACGUGCCCUUCACUCUCGAGAAGUCGGAACUGGAGGCGGAGUUCAUCAAGGAGGUCGCCAAGGAGAAGAUGGUGCAGCUCAAGGGGCACAGGUCCGUAGGAGGGAUGAGGGCUUCGAUAUACAAUGCGAUGCCUUUGGCAGGUGUGGAGAAGUUGGUUGCCUUCAUGAAGGAUUUCCAGGCGAGGAAUGCUUGAACUUUGUCCAUCUGAUCUGGGCCGAUUCGGGUCGUACGUUAGAUCGAAGCCCUUAGUGCCAUUACUAGGAUUGUUAAAUUUGUGAUAUUGACAUAUGUUGUCUUUAUUUAUGUCUUUGAUCUGCUGGUUUCUUUAUGAUUCUUGAGGGAAUUUUUCUGCUGUCCGUCAUGAUUUAAUGGCAAAAUACGAGGGGGUCUAUCGGGGGGAAUUUGAGUGAAUAAAUGGAAGAAUCAGAUCGGUUAACAUCGGUAGUGGGAUGGAUAUGUCUCUCAGGAGCAUUUGUAGUUUAUUACAAUUCAAGCAUAUCCCUCAUUGUGUACUGUUAAUGGAAGAAGAAGAGGCACAUGAUUGUUGAUGGAAUCUUGUGGCAUUGCAGAAUCCAUGUAUGAGUCAGAAUAAAAGAGAAUCUUUUAUAAA